AUAAAACGACACUAGGAAUCUGCAUGCACUGCAUCUGUUUUAGCUUAUUAGUAAAAAAAAAAAAAACAUAAUAAGCAUAAUAUCACUGCAUAGUUUUCCGAUUCAUACAACGUCCCCGGACAGUGCAAUUACACGUUUGCAAAUAUAUAAAAAGUAAGGUUACGCUUUUACUUUGUAGGCAGUUUGGCACAACACGCGGUGUAAAUUCCACUAACUUAACGGCGCUGGUUCAACCUGCACACGGAAGGGAACAGAAGUAACAGGAGUUAGAAUGGAGCCUCAUAAGAAGCUGAUCAAUUCAGUGGACGGCUGUGUGGACGAGGCUCUGUGCGGCCUCGCCAGGGCCGCCGGGGGCCUGAGUGUGCUGAAGGGCCACAGGGUUGUGCUUCGGUCCGACCUAGACAGCCUCAGAGGCAAAGUGGCCCUGCUGUCUGGGGGAGGGUCGGGACACGAGCCGGCACACGGAGGUUAUAUCGGUGCUGGUAUGCUGUCAGCAGCUGUGGCAGGGGGAGUGUUUGCAUCUCCGCCUCCUGCCAGCAUCCUGGCCGCCAUCCUGUCUUUGCACAGUGCGGGAGCCUCCGGGGUUCUUCUCAUUGUGAAGAACUACACUGGAGACCGCCUCAACUUUGGACUGGCUGCAGAGCAGGCCCGUAACCAUGGGGUCUCCGUUGACAUGGUGAUUGUGGCUGAGGACUGCGCCUUUGACCGACCCAGCAAGGCUGGCAGAAGAGGCCUGUGUGGCACCAUCUUCAUACACAAGCUGGCAGGUGCCCUGGCAGAGGAAGGCUGCUCGUUGGACAAGAUUGUUUCCAAGGUGACAGAGGUUUUGAAGGGGAUCGGUACUCUCGGUGUGAGUCUGGCUCCAUGCAGUGUUCCAGGCUGUCUGCCUUCGUUUGAUCUGCAGCCAGGAGACAUGGAGCUGGGACUGGGAAUUCAUGGUGAACCCGGAAUCAAGAGGUCAAAGGUGACCUCUGCCGAUGAGGUGGUGAAGACCAUGAUAGAUCACAUGACAAAUCCAAACAGCCAGUCGCAUCUGUCACUGAAAGCAGGAGAUACAGUGGUUGUGUGUGUGAACAACCUCGGGGCUCUGUCCUGCCUGGAGAUGGCCGUGGUUACUAGAUCGGCCGUCGUCUGCCUGGAAAGCCGCGGAGCAGUUGUUGCCAGGGUGAUGACUGGGUCAUUCAUGACUUCGUUGGAGAUGGCGGGAGUUUCACUAAGUCUGAUGAAGGUCGACCAAGAAAUACUGAGAUUGUUUGACGCCAAGACUACUGCCCCCGCCUGGCCGAACCUCAGCAGUGCGUGCGUGAGUGGACGCAGCUACAUCACAGAGCCUCCGGUCCUGAGCACACGACCACAGGAUGGUGCACACUCUGAAGGCCCCCUGAGUGAGGUGAUGCGUAAAGUGUUAGAGAAAGUUUGUUCCACUCUGUUGGCAAUGCAAGAGGAACUCAACUCCUUAGACCGCGAUUCUGGGGAUGGAGACUGUGGUAACACUCACGCGCAGGCAGCUGGAGCUAUUCAGAGGUGGCUCCAGGAACACAUGGUACCUGGUUGCCCUGGUCAACUGCUGUUGGUCCUCGCUGGAUUGGUGCAGGAGAAAAUGGGCGGGUCCUCAGGAGCGUUGUACAGUCUGUUUCUCACCGCUGCGGCUGGCCAUUUGUCUGAGGGGCAGAGCGAUGCUUCAACCUGGGCUGGUGCAAUGCAUGCUGGGAUGCAAGCCAUGAGAAGAUAUGGUGGCGCCGACCCCGGAGAUAGGACAAUGUUGGAUGCCUUGUGUCCAGCAGUGGAUGAGCUGAUGAAGUUAACCACAGCACCACAUGGUGGACAGAUGACCAUACUACAGACUGCUGUGCAGAAAGCGGCCACUGGGGCAGAGGGGACCCGUAACCUCACAGCGAGAGCUGGUCGAGCCAGCUACAUCGCAGCUGACCGAGUCACGCUUCCCGACCCCGGUGCUGUAGCCGUAGCAGCCAUCUUGAAAUCAGUCAUGGAGGUGCUAGAGGGGCAGAAGUGAGGCAGCAGCCAGGAUGUUAGUAGAUUACUGUUAUCACAAGGAAAUAACAUGAUUACAUGCGUACUCCUUAAAGAAUAAUUUUUUGCAUGCUAAUUUUUACACUAUACGCGUAGGAAAUACUACAAAUGUGAAACUACAAGUGUAAAAACGGAUGCUUUCAUUGUCAGCAGAAAAUGUUCCAAUAAUGAUGAAAAACAAGAAAAAACACAGAUAUUGUGUUUUAAAUCUGAUUAAUCAGUUAAGAACUCACUUGUUUGUUUUUUUAGUGCUUGAAUACAUAAUUAAAUCAUGACUUGAAUAUUCCUCACACAAAAAAUAAAUACAGAUUUAUAUUAGUAUAUAUUUUUUUAAAUGCACAAUAUCCAGGCAACCCUGGCAAUAAAUAAUUGUUGAUGCUUGUAUGUGACUGCAGGGUGCACUGAGACAUUCCUUGUUAACUAGUCAGGUCAGACCAGAUUUGAGUCUGAGAAAAAGUGGACCCUUCAGGAGCAGGGGGACACAGAUAAACGCAAUGCAUAAACAUGUUUUAGGCUCUAGUAGAACAAAAUCCGGGACAAUUUUGAAAUUGUUUAAUUGUUUUAGGUCUCAUGUCCGGGCAAAAGAGGAUGUCUGGUCCACCAAUUAUCUGUGUUUAAUGCAAGCUUCCUAUGUUACUGUUGUUAGGUUAUUAAGCAGUAGCAGGGUGGGGUCAUGUGUAAAACUGGAAAUGGUAAAGUCCAAGGUUCACAGAUGUGAUCGUUAAAGUUAGCAGUCGUGCUUUACAUUGGCUGACAGUGGAAAAAUUACAAGUUAUGCACGUUUCAUCUUUAUUUCUUAUUGACUAUACAUUCUUGAAGAAUCACAGGAGUUCUAAUGUCUUUUUUCAUCGUUUUUUUUUUUUUCUUUGGGAAUCCACAGCCACUAUUGUUGGUCUAACUUAGCGACAGUGACACUGGAAGUCAGAACUUGACAAAGAGAAUCAUAAUAAACUUUAUUUAUCCCUGAGGGGCAUUUAGGAGGGCAAAGAGUGGUACAUAAAAUUAAAGAUUUUAAAAUUCACAAGCAAGUGAACUGCAUUUUUCAUGUGACACAACUUGCAGGAUGCCCCUUGAAUUGUCUAACUGUUUUUACAUCUUUAAUUGUUUCCCUGUGUAGAAAAUACUGUAAAUACACACACUUGCUAAAACUCAGUUGAUGUUAAAAAGUGUGAGAAAGGUGACUGUUAAAUUGAAUUAAAUUGCAAGUGUACUGUUAUUUAGCCUAGCCCACUGACUGUUUGCCAAAUUAACAGGAACGGGCGUUGAUACAACACAAACCACAGUCUCCACAAUGAAUGCACAGUACAACUGUUCUUUCACAUAUUGGAAACCAAUGAUUAAUACCAGAACUUUCACAAAGAGCAGAUUGUUGUUAUUAGAAUGUUUCACUCUGUACCAAGUGGCAAGUGAGUUUAUAUUAAAUCCACUGAUCAUUCGGCAUAGUUAACUCUAAUAAACAAUUUUCUACAGUGA